UCUUUGUCGGACAUUGAAGGCGCUUGGUGUUUGUCAUGGAUUGCAGCUGAAUACUCAGAUCCGAGUACAUUGGGAAAGUGAAGGGAUUCCAACCAUGGACAACCAUUGGCUUGUAACAUUUUGAAGGUCUCUACUUUUUUUUUUUUUUCUUACCUACGCCGAAGUGUCAGCUUCGAUCGGCGUGUAUGUAUAUCGUUAAUUGAUAAUUCUCCAUUUUUUUAUUCGUUUGAAUCCCCAUCCCAGUCAUCUCUUGCUACUCCUGGUGCCGAUUGCCAUUCAGGUCCAGGUCCAAAAAGUGUCUCCUCCACUUCCAACGACUCCGUUCCCGCGCGCGCCGCAUUGGAUCUGGGAUUCCAUCUCCAUAAUCUCGCGGCAACUCCCAGUCAACCAAACAACUUUCUCGACUUCAUUGUUUUCUUUGAUAACGCUUUGGACACCCUUUACGAUCCGGUGUUGCGCCCAUACAAUACACAAUGUCGACCCCGCGAGUUCUUAGGCAGAGCCUCCAAAGGCUCGCACAGCAUGCCCGGUGCUACAGCAAGACCACCACCGCACCUCUCCGAACACAACCGCAGCGUCUGCCUACCGCGUGGUCGACGACGACACAGCUUUCUGCUUCUGCUUCCGCUUCUGCGCGCCGUUCGCUUUCCACCUCUUCCGCUCUCCAGCACGGCCACGUCGACCCUCCCAAGCCCGGCGAAGAACUCUACGUAACAUUCAUCGACAAAGACAACCAAACCCACCGCCUCGCCGUCUCCGAAGGCGACAACCUGCUCGACAUUGCCCAAGCGCACGACCUCGAAAUGGAAGGCGCCUGCGGCGGUUCCUGCGCGUGCUCGACCUGCCACGUCAUUGUGCAGGACCAGGACAUGUACGACCGGAUGCCGGAGCCCGACGACGACGAGAACGACAUGUUGGACUUGGCGUUUGGACUCACCGAGACGAGCCGGCUGGGGUGCCAGGUGCACAUGACCAAGGAGUUGGAUGGGUUGGUGGUCAAGUUGCCGAGCAUGACGAGGAAUUUGCAGGCUAGUGAUUUCAAGUCCUAGACCGUGCCGUCAUGGAAUGAAUGACAUGGGAUUGGGGGGAGGUAAUAUCAGGCGAUGAAGGGUUGAGCAUGGAGGAAGAAGAAGAAGAAGGUAGAGGUGAAGGGGCAGGGGAUUCACUGUGGUGUAAAGAAAAAUGGAGACGGACGACGGAAUAUAUAUGGCACAAACACGACAUCUAUUCCAUUUCUGUCGGAUUGUUGAGGCGACGGCGUUCAGCGCAGAGUUUAUCGGAUAUCUGUGAUGGGCAAUGUUCAUGUUGAUGGAUAUGACGGAUUGGCAAGAGCAUGUUGACUGUUCAUACUUCUGCAUGGGGCUUGUACGUUGUUCAACUGUUUGCCCCAGAUCAAGGGCACGGGGUUGUAUAUAAGAAAAUAGCCUAGACCUUGACAAUAUGCAAACACAAUAAACAAUCACCCCUCUACACCAGAAUGCAAUUCCCUUAAGC